CAUUGGCAAAAGUAAGGCUAUGGAUAUGGUGCACAAGAGACGCUGUGUGAAGCAAACACGCUCCUAAACUGCCUCUAUGUGAAAACAACAGGUAUAAACUUCAACAUUGGCAAAACUAAGGCUAUGGAUAUGAUGCACAAGAGACGCUGUGUGAAGCAAACACGCUCCUAAACUGCCUCUAUGUGAAAACAACAGGUAUAAACUUCAACAUUGGCAAAACUAAGGCUAUGGAUAUGAUGCACAAGAGACGCUGUGUGAAGCAAACACGCUCCUAAACUGCCUCUAUGUGAAAACAACAGGUAUAAACUUCAACAUUGGCAAAACUAAGGCUAUGGAUAUGAUGCACAAGAGACGCUGUGUGAAGCAAACACGCUCCUAAACUGCCUCUAUGUGAAAACAACAGGAUAUAUACGGACACUACUUUUGGAACUAGUCCUGUGACGAACAACAUACUUCUGAAGGAAAUGGAGGGACUCCUAGUAUUCACAAUGACAAUGACGAUUUGGUCAGUGAUGAUGCAUAACAUCAGUGAAGACGAAGGAUGCAGAAAGGUAAACGUAACAAUGAGAAGAUGCCCAGUAUUCGACUGCUCACACAGGCAUCUGAAGCCAAUACCACAGUCUCUUCCCAAUGACACCUGUGGACUUCUUCUCCGACGGAACGGGAUAAAAGUGUUACGCUCAGGUUGCCUCAAACGAUACCGAAUGUUAACCCUCUUGGAUUUAUCGCAGAACAAGAUUCGGGAAAUUCAGGAAGGAGCUUUUGACGGAGCUGAUGAGCUACUGACACUGUUUUUACACGACAAUGCUCUGCAUUUUUCAAAUUCUUUUGACAAGAUAUUUAAACCUCUUAGAAAACUAGAAAAACUAAGUCUUCAUAAGAACAAGUUGUUGGACUAUGCUGAUCAAGUGUUAAGCGAACUAAUUUCUUUGCAACAUUUAGAAAUGGAUGGAAUAAAAAACGGAUCCUUUGGCACUGGAUAUUUGAAUCUCUCACUACUCCAUAACCUGACGUUAUCUGGUAUCUCUGGUAGAUGCAACAUUCAAUGGGUAACUAAUGACACUUUCAGGAAUGUAAUAUAUUUACGAAAACUUAACGUUUCAUUUUGCAACAUAACCACAGUUGCAGCGGGUGCACUCACACCCUUGAAGGGCCUAACAACGUUCGACAUAUCUGGAAAUGAUGCCUUAAAACAAGCAGGUCUUGAAAACAUUACAUAUGGCUUAAAGGACUCAUUCAUUCGACGGCUUUUUGUCAAUAACAUAUUGGAUUCCCGAACGACUUGCAACUUGAUUCAAACUAAACACAUAAGGUAUCUUCAAAAUACAUCAUUAUUGGAAAUCCAUGCAAAUGGUAAUGGUCUUUCAGGAUUUGGUGACAAAACGCUUGAAGUAUUGCCAACAUCACUAAAACGUGCUUUCCUGCUAUGUAAUCGUUUUUCCUAUGGCCCUUACGUUCAUGACCUUCAAAAUCUGACUGGGCUCCAAUUGUUGAUAUUGAAUGGUAAACCUGUAAACUAUCACAUAAUUACCUACAGCAGAUUUUCGGCGCAUAGAGCAAUGUACAAGAAUUAUAUGCUUAGCGUAUCCAAUGUGAAUACGAUACAACAAGAAUGUGCUAAUACCUCUGAGAGUGCCCAUCGUCAUGAGGACGGGUUUCUUCAAACCUUGCCCUCAGGAUUUCAACGUUUAAGAACCGGUCAUAUGUGUUUCCUUCCUGUCCCACCAAAUUUGACAAAAGUUGAAUACACAUAUUCCGAACUGUCAUUCUGUAUUUCAGAGAUUCACUUUGGAGAAAAUAACUUAAAUUUGAUCGACUUGUCAAGUAAUGUCCUGACAAUAUGGCAGGGCCCCUUAUAUGGCCUCCACAAAUUAACUCAUUUGAACCUUUCAAACAACAUUGCGAAUUUUGUCUCUAAAUACUUUUUUUCAGAAUUAUACCAACUCACACACCUAGAUAUAUCUUUAAAUUACUUAGAAAAAAGUAUUUCGACGGAUUCCGAAGGAGAAUUGUUUGAAAAUUUAACCAGAUUGCAAUUCCUGAAUUUGAGCCGUAACCAAAUUAGUUUUGUACCAAAGCAAUUGUUUCGAGGACUGCAGUCAUUGAGAAUUUUAGAUCUGUCUCAGAAUAGAAUCAGCAAUCUGUCAUUUACAUGUAGUUCUGUUGUUACUAUGCAGCUUAGUGACCUCUUCUUAAGCCAAAACGAAAUAAGAGUAAUAAACUCUCAUGAUUUGGCAUUAAUUGACAGAAUAGCUACAAAUCACAAGUUUAGCAUAGACCUAUCACAAAAUCCAUUUUCAUGUGUUUGUGAACUGAUUCCCUUCCUUAAUUGGCUUGGUACUACGUCAGUGCAUAAACAUAAUUUUGCCAGUUAUAAUUGUACAUUUAAAGGCUCCAACCUGAACAUAGAAAUGCAUCGAGCUGACAUUGUACACAAAUUAACUGAGACAUGUGGGAAAUAUUUCAGUCUUGUAAUUAGUGUCCUUCUGUUUUUCUUUUUAAGCUUAAUAAUGAUAUUUUCAGCAGUAGUAUAUCGUUAUCGGUGGAAACUUUCUUAUUUGUAUUAUGCAACCAGAUUACGGUUCAAAGCAGAUAAAACCGUUCAACUUGAUUAUGACUAUGAUGCAUUUGUAUCGUUUGCUGAGGAGGACAGAUCUUUUGUUCUUGAGGAAUUAGUGCCAAUGUUGGAGACAGAGAAGGGAUUACAUUUGAACAUUCACUGUAGGGAUUUUCUACCAGGACAUCCUAUUGCCGAGAAUAUCAUUGAUGCCAUUCAGAGAAGCCGGAAGACAGUUCUGGUACUGACCCCGGAGUUCCUGGCGAGCACCUGGUGUAGGUAUGAGCUGCGGAUGGCCAAUAUGGAAAGUGUUACAGUUGAUAGAGAUGUGACGGUGAUUCUUCUGAUAAGACACAUUCCAAAAAGUGACAUUCCACCUGAAAUCCACUACCAUUUACACAAUAACACGUACCUAGAAUACCCGGAUGAUGGACAGACUGACAUAUUCUGGACGACUUUGGCACAUUCGAUCUCAACCACUUGAAGUGCUUUAAGCACACAGUGCAUGCUAAUCACUUACAUUAUAUGGUGCAGCAGUGUCACUCAAUGUACAUGUUAGCGCGUAACACCAUCUGUACCCCUAGUGAUACUGCUACAAUGAAUCUAUCUUGUCGACAUGUUUCAAUCUACCAUUGUAAACAUAUUAAAAUGAUGGAAAAACAGCUGUUCGAUUGAGCUGAGGUUAAGUUUGUCACGUGACUUUCAAUGACUCGUAGUGAAAGAGAUGCAUUGUCCUGCUCAGAAAUCCACGUGCAGUCUGUUUUCUUCGUGGCCUGGUAUAGGGUAUUUAUUCACACGCUCAGAAAACUACGUGCAGUCUAUAUUCUUCGUGGUGGAGUAUGUAGUAUUUAUUCUCCCUCUCAGAAAUCCACAUUCAGUCUGUUUUAGGCAUAAGGUUUUUACUCGCAGCUCAGAAAUAAAUUUCCCUCCCAGCGGGAUACGUUAUCCUAUUUUAUCAAGUUCACGUGAACCAAUCAGAUCUCAACAUUCUAACAUGAGUGUAAGAUAAGGUUAGCUUUUGCAUACCGAAUUUAUCAAGUGUUAUUACUUUACUUCAUUUCAUAUAUAUAUAUAU